AACUGAUCCUCGAUCAUAUAGUGAAUCGUCAAAGAAGAAGCCGUUAGCGCAGUCGAGCUCUUAACAAGAGUUCAUCAAAAAUCUAUCACGAUUUAACAGUUACCCGUAUUAUUUAAAGGAUUUGCUCCUGACAACAGCUGGUCGGAAUGGCAUCAGACUGGAUUGGUUGUCUUGUUUCAGUCCACUGUGGAGCAACACUAGGAGUGUAUCAAGGAGAAGUAUCUUCAGUAGAUCAGACCAGCCAGACCAUCUCUCUCAGACAUCCCUUCCACAAUGGAGUCAAGUGCACUGUUCCUGAGGUCACUUUCAGUGCCAUGGACAUUAAAGAUCUCAAAAUCCUUGAGAUCCGUAAGAGCUUUGCUGAAGUCCCGAAGCAGAAUGGUCCAGACUCCAAUUCCACAUUGACGCCGCAUAGCGGACGCAAGGACAAGGGUGGUGGCGCUCUAGUCAACAGCGCUCCUGUGACGGUACCUAAUAAAACUGAACCCAAAUUGCAGGAAGGAGGACUGUCCCCAGUGCCACACUACUCCAAGAGUUACGGUGAACGUCACAUGGACGUGGCUGGCCAAAGUAAAGGCUUUAGACGAAGACACAACUCCUGGUCAUCUAGUGGCAAAGGUCCAAAUCAGGUCACACCAAAAAAGAACGGCCUGAAGAACGGAGGUCAUAUGAAAAACAAAGACGAUGAAUGUUUUGGAGACGGUAUAGACGAUGUUCUCGAUGAGGACUUUGAUUUUGAGGGGAACCUGGCGCUUUUCGACAAGGCUGCGGUGUUCUCGCAGAUCGAUUCGUCAGAACGGCGAGGCAAUGGUGCGAGAUCUCGAGGGACACCUGGAGAGCAAACACCAUCACGAUACCGGCAUGACGAGAACAUCCUGGAGGCCAAACCUGUCGUCUACAGACAGAUCACAGUUCCACAGAAUGGAACGAAAGAGUAUAGCACUGACUCAGGGCUGGUGGUACCCAGCAUCUCUUUCGAGUUGCACAAGCGUUUGUUAGCUGCAGCAGAAAGUCACGGUCUCUCACUGGAGCGCAGGCUUGAGAUGACGGGCGUAUGUGCGAGUCAGAUGGCCCUCACGUUACUUGGAGGCCCGAACAGACUUACUCCAAAAAAUGUGCAUCAACGGCCCACAGUGGCCCUGCUGUGUGGACCACAUGUCCAGGGCGCUCAGGGCAUCAGCUGUGGCCGUCACUUGGCCAACCAUGAAGUGGAGGUCAUCCUUUUCCUGCCAAAUUUUGUCAAGAUGUUGGAGGCCAUCACCAGUGAGCUUGCACUUUUUGGGAAGACGGGAGGCAAAGUGGUUUCUAAUGUGAAAGACUUGCCUGAGACGCCAGUUGACCUGGUCAUAAACUGCCUGGACUCGCACGAAAACGGAUUCUUGAGGGACCAGCCCUGGUACAAGGCCGCCGCCGACUGGGCCAACCAGAACAGAGCCCCCGUCCUGAGCAUCGACCCUCCAGUAAGUGGACAGGCGCACGCCGUAGAAGCCAAAUGGUCACUUUCUUUGGGUCUCCCACUUCCUCUAUCCGAGGGCGCCGGCCGAGUCUACUUAUGUGACAUCGGCAUUCCCCGACAGGUAUUCCAAGAGGUGGGGAUCAAAUACCACUCCCCCUUUGGAUGUAAAUUCGUCAUCCCGCUGCACUCCGAAUAAGCCAUUGACCUUCACGGUUAAGGCUCACUGAACCUGCCUUAAAGAUUUAAAGAAUGAACAGAUGUCGGUUUGAAUGUUGCAGCAGAACUGGAACUUCUCAGUCUCUCUUUUUUCUCAAUUUCUUCUCUACUUCUGUGAUGAUUCCCAUCAAAGGGAAGUGAUGGAAAACGAUACCAGCUCUUAUGACAAACCUGAUAUGAUAAAAGUGGAAGCAAUAUCAGUAUACUCGCCACCGUCAUAUUCUUCAUAUUCUUACAGUAAUCUUCCACACAGCCGCUUUAAUAUGCAAGGCUGAUCUUUUUAGAUAAACACUUUCAUAACCCAUUAAUAAAUUAUGCAGAUAUUCCACACACACACAAAAAACCCAUCAAAACUGGCUGAAACUUAAUACAACUUAAUUGGUCUUAUGGCAUGUUUGAAUCUUAUUUUGUUACUUUCAGCAUCUCAAAUAGAAGAAUUUGCUUUUAGUUUACAGUCGGAUGUGCUGAUUUUGACCGCUUUCAUAUUUUCAGCGAAAAAUGUGCAUUAAAUGAGGGUUUUGUCUUUUUUUUCCCUCCCUUUUUUUCUUUUUGUGCCAGAUUGAUUAAAGUCAGUGUUAAGGCACUGAGAUUGAGGCAGUUUAUUUGCUUGCAAAAAUCUCGUUUCAAAGCGUUAUUUGCUUUGUUGACCAAGCCCAGUGUGCUGUAAAUAUGUCAGAUUGACUGGGUUCUUAUCAGUGAUAAAAUGUUGCACACUUGAAUGGUAAGGUAAGUGUACUAAAAAACUGUUUGUCAAAUUGGUUGACUUUGGACCAUUGCUGACCAUUUUAAGCAGUCAUUGGCCAAUGUCACCAAUUUUCUUAUGCUUAUAUUCAUUGCUGGCAGCUCUUUAGAUCCUGUUUUAAAUGGGUUUCAGAUGGAGUCGGUAUUGCUUGUUUGGUUAUAUCAAACCAGGGUCUUUUAUUAAGAGAGAGGCUCAAUGUGUUGCAAUAAACCUGCUUGCUGAAAUCGAUUUGUGAUUCUAUAAUAGGUUAUAUUAUUGUGUGCACAAACCCAUACAGAGCAGAAAGGUAAAUGGGUAAAUGAAUUAUGAAAGCACUGAUAAAGACAAAGAGAUUUUUGUGUGUACCUGCAGAUUACCGUAUGCCUUCAAAGUUAAAAUAAGAGGCACUUACUAUUCAGGAUCCAUAUGUAACAAUAAUGAACUUAAAAUUGUUUCACAAGUGACGCCAGUAAUAACGUACUGCUUUCAUAAGACUUAUUUCUUUUUUUUCAUCUGUUUAAGCUUUAUUGGAUUUGAAUAUUUUUGUUUCUUCCUUCUCCCACGUUUAAUUUAGAGGAUUUUUUUUUUCUCUGCUGCAUGACUUUAUUUUUGUUUUCUGUUAUUGAAGCUAUGUACAAUCUAGGGGUGAAAUCUUUAAAGUUGAACACUCCAGAUGUCUAAUUUUCUUGUCAUAAGUGUUUAGGUAAACUAGAAACCUUACUCAUCAGCUAUUCUCAUUCUUGAGAAAAUUGAAAAAUGUGAAUUUUGACUUUCCUAUUAGCUUUUCUGUUGAUGUUUGUGUCUGUAAGGUCAUUGGUGUGGCCUCUGAUGGCUGAUGGAGAGCCACUGGGCUCGCUGAAAGUAGCUUUUGAGCUUAAAAGCAAAAACUGGAUGAAAAAAGGCAAUUGUUGAAAGCAUUAACACGUUAAUGAUGUUAAAAAGAUUGCACUGUCCAUGUUUUGAGAACACAGGAAAGGAAAGGUAAAUCUUAUAGUGGAUGAAUGCAGAUAAGAGAACAUAUGUUUAAUUAUACAGCAGUUACUGAUCAAAUCCAGCACGACAAGCUUAAAUUUGUGGCAAAAAUCACUUGCUGGUUACUUGAGCUUAAAAAGUAUUACUGCUGUACAGGUUUUUUUUAUUCACUUGAAUAUUUGAUGCCUUAGAUGUAUGUUAAAAUGCAGUUUGAUAUAAAUCAUUCCUCUGUAGGAGUUUGCUUCUAAAAACUGUGACCAAAUUCUGUUGAGCAAUUUUGAAAACGUUUUGUGAUGCUCAUUUUUGUGGCUGGCUCCCCCACAUUUGUCACAAUGACAUAAUUGAAUACGUUUCUGAAGGUUCCGAGAGGUUUUGUUCAGUAUCAAAAGUUGAAAGCAACUUUCCAUUCCUUUUUUUCCAUUCUUAUGCCAUUUUCUUUACAAAAGCAUGAUAUCAAGGUUGUUAGCAUUGCAUAAUUUUAUCAUUUAUAUCUGCACCUGUUGUAUAAGGCAACAAUUCAGUAAACUGGUUUAGACAACAACAUCAUUACCAUUAAUUGUGAAUUAGUGACUGUUGGGCAUAAUUCUGAUAUCACUGGAAACCUUACAUGCUUAAUACUGUCAACUUUGAAGUUUAAGGACUGAAUAAAUAAAGAGAAUGGAGAAAAAA